CCCGGCUCCCCAGCUCCUCUCCUCCGUCCGCCUCUCCAUCCCUUCAUCCGUCUGUCCUUUCGAGGAGGGGGAGGGGGGUAUCUGAGCCACCGCCGAUUCCUCCACCUCCCUUCCAUCCUGGACAAGAUGCCUGCACCCGGCGCGCUCAUCCUCCUGGCGGCCGUCUCCGCCUCCGGCUGCCUGGCGUCCCCAGCGCACCCGGAUGGAUUUGCUCUGAGCCGGGCCCCUUUGGCUCCGCCCUACGCUGUAGUCCUCAUUUCCUGUUCGGGUCUGCUGGCCUUCAUCUUCCUCCUCCUUACCUGUCUGUGUUGCAAACGGGGUGAUGUUCGUUUCAAGGAGUUUGAGAACCCGGAAGGGGAGGACUGCUCUGGGGAGUACACUCCCCCUGCGGAGGAGACCUCCUCUUCACAGUCACUGCCUGAUGUCUAUAUUCUGCCGCUGGCAGAGGUCUCACUGCCAAUGCCUGCCCCACAACCUGCACACUCAGACAUCAGCACCCCCCUGGGCCUGAGCCGCCAGCACCUCAGCUACCUGCAGGAGAUUGGCAGCGGCUGGUUUGGGAAGCGCCUCCCUCCUCACUCCAUUGACCACUCCGCCUCGCCACCCGGCUCUCCACGCGUCCGUCAGUCUGUCCAUCCUUCCAUCCGUCCCGCGUGCAUCGGAUUCUGGGCCUGUGAGUCUCUCACUCUGUGUCUGGUGAUCCUCGGGGAAGUUUUCUCAGACUACUCACCAGCUCAGGUGGUGGUGAAGGAACUCCGGGCUAGUGCAGGACCCCUGGAGCAGCGCAAGUUCAUCUCCGAGGCUCAGCCCUACAGUCUUAGCUCAAAGAGGCCUGCCUUUGUCACAGGCCCAGCCAAACUCUCCCGGCUCUCGCUGGCGCUCCCACCGCUCACGCUCACGCCGUGCCCGGGCCCGGGCCCGCGGCGGCCACCUUGGGAGGGCGCGGACGCAGGGGCAGCUGGCGGGGAGGCCGGCGGGGCGGGGGCGCCGGGGCCAGCGGAGGAGGACGGGGAGGACGAGGACGAGGACGAGGAGGACGAGGAGGCAGCGGGCUCUCGGGGCCCCGGGAGGACGCGGGAAGCCCCAGUGCCCGUCGUGGUGAGCAACGCCGACGGGGACACGGCCCGCCCGCUGCGGGGGCUGCUCAAGUCUCCACGCGCGGCCGACGAGCCAGAGGACAGCGAGCUGGAGAGGAAGCGCAAGAUGGUCUCCUUCCACGGGGACGUGACCGUCUACCUCUUCGACCAGGAGACUCCAACCAACGAGUUGAGCGUCCAGGGCACCCCCGAGGGGGACAUGGAGCCAUCAACGCCCCCAGCGCCCCCGACGCCUCCCCACCCCACCACCCCAGGAGAUGGGUUUCCCAACAACGACAGCGUCUUUGGCGGCAGUUUCGAGUGGGCGGAGGAUUUCCCCCUCCUCCCCCCACCAGGGCCCCCCCUGUGCUUCUCCCGCUUCUCCGUCUCACCUGCGCUGGAGACCCCGGGACCUCCCGCCCGGGCUCCCGACGCCCGGCCCGCAGGCCCCGUGGAGAACUGACUCCCCAAAGACCCAGCCCCUUUGCACCCCAAGAAGAGGGUUUGCGAGCAGAAUCUUGUGUGGACGAUGGAGCCAUUGCCCCUGACACUGACACAGCCUCUGGGGAGGUGCCUGAGGCUGGGCCCUCCCUCUCCUCCACCAUGUGCCAAACAGGAGGCCCAGGCCCUCCACCCAGCCCCCCAGAUGAGUCCCCUGAUCCCCCUGGUCCCCCCGACCCCCUUGGAGCCACAUGAGGCAGGAAGCCCCAUCGCUGGACAGACAUACUUCUUGGAACUGAACUGAACUCUUUUGGGCCCAGAGCCCCUGGCACAGCAGAGGGCCCAGAGCCCCUGGCACAGCAGAGGGCCCAGAGCCCCUGGCACAGCAAAGGUCCCUCCUGGCCUCAUGAGGGCCAAUGGCUUCAGGAAACUGGGUCCCCCCCACCCAUCUUGCGUCUCCUCUUCCCCCAAGCCUGGUCCCUGGAGGGGGCCUCUGAUUCAAACCUUCGCGUGACAUUUUCACAUUAUUUAAAAAAAAGACAAAAACAACUUUUGGAGGAAAA